AUGGAAUCUUCUGUGCCAAAAAGAAGCUUAUACACAGAAAUGGAACAAAAUGCUCAAGUCGCGGCCAAGAGGCUAUGGAAAAUCGUGCGUAUCGUUUUCUGCGUUUUAAAAACCGGUACGGUCAAAAGCAAACUGAUGCUUGACCUAAACCUAAUGCUAAAGAGAGGCAACAAAGCCAUCACUAACCUCCGUCGUCGCGGCUCUAGCUUUACCGGCGGUGUUGACGUCAGAUCCUCCGCACGCUUCCGUGACUACGAGUUCAGCUGCAGAAACACAAAUGCAAACGACCCUUUUGCCUAUAUGUGCAAACGCAAACGCCGCUUCCAAAGCGGUUAUGAAAACGAAAAUGAUGCGGUGGCCGCGGCGGUUAAGAAGGUUUUUGAGUUGUUAGGUGAGAAUGAAACGAAUAUGGUGGCGGCUUCGGUGGCUGGAGAGUCGCCGUUGACGGCGUUUCCGGCGGUGAGGCAGCUAAGGGUGACGGAUUCGCCGUUUCCGUUGGAAGACGGCGGAGAUAACGAUCAUGUGGUGGAUAAAGCAGCUGAGGAGUUUAUAAAGAAGUUUUAUAAGAACCUUAAGUUACAGAAGAAGAUGGGUAACGUUUUAGAGUCGCCGUACCACGACGGGUGGGUUAGGUGA